ACCAUGUACUGAAUUAAAAUACUAACUGUGCCUUAGUCACUCUCCCCUGCAGGUCUAGAUGGUUAAAACGUUGAUCUAUUCUAAGUAAUUUGUCUAUUUAUAUGUUUAUAGUUCUGUGAUCAGACUUACAGGCAAAAGAAGAUCUUGAAAGGUCGGGAAAAACUGGAAGAAAAAGGUGAACUGAAAUCAUACCAAGAUUUUUAUGGAAACUGGACUUCAUCUGGAAUCCCAGCCUGUCAACUUAAGGAUCAUUUAGCACCCCAAAUUAUGCAAUCUUCUCCCCCUUCAAUUCUCAGCCAACAGAAGCAGCUACAGGGUUCCGAGCAGUUGCAGUACCAGCAGAUAUCCAAUCCAUUUGUGGCCCCUUCUGCAUACGGGAGUAUUACAAAUCCAUAUUCUAUGCCUGGGUUGUCCCACAUUCAGUCUGGGGAUUUUAAGCAUCAACCUUUAGCUUCUGGUUAUGAAGUUUCUUCAGGCAAUGCAAAUCCUAUAAACAAGUUAGCUGACUGUCCAGUGAAACCCCAGAGAAUGACACCUCAGGAAAAGAUUGAAAAAUUAAGGAGGCGGUAACAAAUUCAGGCAAUGCUUGCCAUUCAGAAACAGCAGCAGCAGCUUGUUCAUCAAAAGUGUUCCCAAGAAAAUCAAAUUCAGCAUGUUGAAGGAGCUGACCUUGAAGUAGAGGAUCUAAGUACACUUGCUUCAUUUGACCCAAA